CACAGCAGCUAGUCUUUUUUAAGUCAUUCAGUACUUUGGGUGACUGUUUCCAUUACAACAAAGAAAUUUUUUGGUUUUGUUUACAUAUAUUUUGUUUUGACAGACACUAUUUAAGAGCAUUUUAGAAAAUACAAAUGCAGGCUUAAUAUAACUGAUUUUCUUUAACAAAAUGUAUAUUAAUUAAUAAAUUUUUAGUGACACAAGUGUGAAACAAUUUACUGAGAAAUAAAAUAUAGUUGUGCCGCGACGGAACUCUUAUGCCGGAGAGGAAACGAGACAAACUUGGUGAUAAGCAAAAAAAACAUAGAACGAAUAUAAGCCGAAAGCAUAAUGAGUCAAAACUGGAACUUAUUUGCAGUGCACAAAAGGAUGGAGAAUACAUUAUCACCUUACCAUUGGGCGGGAUUAAAGGGCGAGAAUCCAAAACUAUUUACGAUCAGAAAUUUUUUAGUUUCGAGGGUAUACCAUAUGCGCAACCGCCAUUAGGCGAGUUGCGUUUCCGUGCGCCAGCGCAGGUCGAACCAUGGAAAGGCAUUAAAGACUGUACGAAAUGUGCUAGCAAGCCUUUACAGUUAAACCCAGUCAAUGAGAGCAUAGAAGGGUCCGAAGAUUGCCUCUACCUAAAUGUCUAUGCAAAACGCCUAAGUUCGGAAAAACCACUACCAGUUCUGGUAUUUAUACCCGGUGGGUCUUUUCGUGCAGGCGGCGCCAGAAGAGAAACAUUGGGUCCCGACUACUUUAUGAAUGAAGAUGUGGUGCUUGUUACCUUCAACUAUCGGCUAUGCGCUUUAGGCUUUCUCAGUCUCGCCGAUCCCUCACUGAGUAUACCUGGUAAUGCUGGCCUCAAGGACCAAGUAUUAGCACUUAAGUGGAUUAAGCAGUUCAUAUCGCACUUCAAUGGCGAUCCAAAGAACGUUACGGUUUUUGGUUCAAGCGCCGGUGCUGCUUCCACCCACUUGCUGAUGCUUUCUGAGCAAGCCCGUGAUCUCUUCAAACGUGCCAUUGCCAUGUCUGGCUGUGCUCUAAAUUAUUGGGUUAAUAUGCCGCAAACAAAUAUGGCCUACCGUUUGGCGAAAUUCCAUGGAUAUAACGGCGAUAAUAUCGAUGCCAAAGUUUUACAAUUUCUAAAUAUGCUUGACCCUACAAAAUUGGUUGUGCACUCUUUAUUGAACAAAGACGAGCAGCGUAAAUCCUACAUGUUUCCAUUCGGUCCGAUUGUUGAACCAUAUAUAGAAGAGGGUUGCAUUAUACCGGAGCGCCCAUUUAAUAUGCUGAAGAAUGCAUGGAGCAAUAAAAUCUCAAUGAUGAUCGGUGGCACCUCAUUUGAAGGUCUGUUUAUGUACAGUACACUCAAGAGGAAUCCUGAUAUUAUGAAACUUUUAUACAACGAACCGGCAUUAAUACUACCAGAAGACGUUUACAACUCAAAUACUACAAAAGAAAAUAAGCGAAUGGGCGAACAACUGCUGAAAUUGCAUUUCGGCGAGAAAGAGCCGAAUGAUCACUCGCUCCUUCAUUAUUUAGAUAUAUAUAGCUAUAAAAUCUUUUGGCACGACUUCCAUCGCACUAUUUUAGCACGCUUAAGCUUUGCGCUGGCCCCCACUUUUCUGUAUCGUUUCGGCUUCGACUCACCAGAUUUCAAUCCUAAUCGCAGGCGAUACUCAGAUGAAAAGGUACGCGGUGUAUCCCACGGCGAUGACCUGUGCUAUUUAUUCCAUGCACGCGACUCACGAAAGUUGUAUCCAAACUCGGCCGAAUAUAAAACCAUAAAGCGUAUGAUAAGUAUGUGGACGACAUAUGCCACUACUGGUGAUCCCGAUUCGCAAACAACGGAUCCGAUUAUUUGGGACGCCGUAACGAAGUAUUACAAUCUACGGGGAGUUAAUAUUGGACAACACCUGGAAUUCAAGACAAUUCCAGAAAUAGACAAAUUGGAAGCGUGGGCGAAAUUAUAUAAGAGUCCAGAGCAAUUGUGUGGCGCCCACAAGGUAGAAGAUUAUAAUUGGGGCGAUCCAUUACCAACAAUCUAGCGAAAAUACAGUACAUACAUGCACAUACUGGAGGACAGGUUGACAGCUCAGGAGAGCCAGUUGUAAAUUUUUUCAUUUCAUCUGCCCGAAAAUGUCUUAGAAUUCUAGAACUUAUUUUAUUUCUCAGUGAAAUAUUAUUUAAAACAUGUUAAUUAAAGGUAGCGUAUAAUAAAUUACUUGCAUAAACAUA